AAGGCGCAGGCGCGCGCGCACCCCCAGCAGCAGGCGAGUCGGGCUGGAGCUUUGCUCAGGCCUCAGCAUCCUCCCUCCCUUCCCUUCCCUUCCCUUCCUGAGCUGGCCUUGCGGGGCCCAGCCUUAGCCGGCCUGCCUGCUCCAUCCCCCCGCCUCCCUGCCAGCCCCAGCAGCGCCGCCGCAUCCUGAGAGAACGGCCAGGAGCUCCGAGUCCGGCCCGGAGGGGGCUGAGGAGGAGAGGAGGCCAGGGCGGCCAGCACCGUGGUGCUGAAAGGGACAGCGCCUUCCCGCUGCCGCCUCUGGCGGGCUCUGCUUGCCUUCGCCUUUUUUCCGAGCCCAGGAGGAGGAAGGCCGAAGGUGUGGGGAGGCCACUCGGGAGACACCUCCUCCCUUUCCUCCCUCCAGCUCCUUCUUCCCUCCUGGCACAUACCUUCUCAGUGAGCAGCUCCUGCGGCUGCCUUCCAUGCUGCCGCAGCUCCAGAGGCACCCGCCAGCAUGCCUUGAUGCCCUCCAGAACCAGCUGCUUCCAUGGCGGUGGGAAGGAAAAUCAAAACUUUGUUGACAGUGAACAUCUUGGUCUUUGUGGGCAUCAUCCUCUUCUCGGUCUACUGCCGGAUCCAGGACCAUUCCCAUGAGCUGGUCCAGAUUGUCCGAAGCACGGACCGACGGAUGAGGAGCCGGAACGCCAAAGCGGAGCCCCUGCUGGACAGGGAGGCCAUCCUUCAGCGGCUGGACCACCUGGAGGAAGUUGUGUACAACCAACUCAAUGGUCUAGCCAAACCAAUGGGAUUAGUUGAAGGCCCUGGGGGCCUGGGCCAAGGAGGAAUGGCUGCCACUUUGAGAGAUGAUAGCCAUGAAUCUGAAACCAAGUAUGAAGAAUAUGGCUACAAUGCCCAGUUAAGUGAUAGGAUUUCAUUAGACAGAUCUAUUCCUGACUACAGGCCAAAAAGGUGCAAACAGAUGUCCUAUCCUGAUGACCUCUCUCAGAUCUCAGUGGUCUUUAUUUUUGUAAAUGAGGCUAUUUCUGUCAUCUUGCGCUCAGUACACAGUGUUGUGAAUCAUACUCCAUCUCACUUGCUCAAGGAGAUUAUUCUGGUGGAUGACAACAGUGACAAUGUUGAGUUGAAGUUCAGUUUGGACCAGUAUGUCCACAAGAGAUAUCCGGGUCUGGUGAAAAUAGUUCGCAAUAACAAACGUGAAGGGCUGAUCCGAGCCAGAAUCCAAGGUUGGAAAGCUGCAACAUCUCCAGUUGUUGGGUUUUUUGAUGCUCAUGUUGAGUUCAACAUUGGCUGGGUGGAGCCAGCACUUAUGCGCAUCAGAGAAGACAGGAAACGUAUAAUUCUCCCAGCAAUAGACAACAUUAAGUACAACACAUUUGAAGUGCAGCAGUAUGCUAAUGCAGCACAUGGCUACAACUGGGGCCUUUGGUGCAUGUACAUAAUCCCACCUCAAGACUGGCUGGACAAGGGGGAUGAGUCUGCACCCAUCAGAACACCAGCCAUGAUUGGUUGUUCAUUUGUGGUGGACAGAGAGUACUUUGGUGAGAUUGGGCUGCUUGACCCAGGAAUGGAGGUGUAUGGGGGAGAAAACAUUGAACUCGGUAUGAGGGUUUGGCAGUGUGGAGGAAGUAUGGAGGUGUUGCCUUGUUCCCGGGUGGCCCAUAUUGAGCGCACAAAGAAACCGUACAACAAUGACAUCGACUACUAUGCAAAGCGGAAUGCUUUGCGUGCUGCUGAGGUCUGGAUGGAUGAUUUCAAGUCUCAUGUGUACAUGGCAUGGAACAUACCAAUGACGAACCCUGGAGUUGACUUUGGAGAUGUUUCGGAAAGGGUAGCUUUGCGUCAACGUCUUCAGUGUCGGAGUUUUAAGUGGUACUUGGAAAAUGUCUAUCCCGAAAUGAGGAUCUACAAUAAUACCAUCACUUAUGGAGAGGUGCGUAACAGCAAAGCCAGUGGCUACUGCUUGGACCAGGGAGCUGAAGAUGACGACAAAGCAAUUCUCUACCCAUGCCAUGGAAUGUCCUCCCAGCUUGUUCGUUACAGUUCUGAAGGACUCCUGCAACUGGGUCCUUUGGGAUCUACAGCUUUUCUGCCCGAUUCCAAAUGUCUCAUUGAUGAUGGGAAAAGAAGGACUCCAAUCCUUAAAAAAUGUGAAGACACUCAGAAGCCAGCCCAGAGGCUGUGGGAUUUCACACAGAAUGGUCCAAUCAUCAGUCGAGACACUGGACGGUGUCUAGAAGUAGAAAUGUCCAAGGAUGCCAAUUUUGGGCUCAGAUUAGUAGUACAAAGAUGCUCAGGUCAAAAAUGGGUGAUCAGAAACUGGAUAAAAUAUGAUCAACAUUGAGUUUGGACAGAGAUAAAGAGGAAGAGUCUGCAAUCCUUUCAUGGAAUUAAUUAAUGGGCACACCUCCAGGAGCUGUAAGUUGGAGGGGACUAUUAGGAGACAGCUUAUUAAAGGAAAAGGUGACCAUGGUUAUGAAUUAUUGAUCAUGAUUUUUUAAAAGAAGCUAUAGAUAUUUUCACAAAUUUAAGGCUAUGGAUGUAUUAAAUAUGUGUCUAUGGUGUACCAUUAUAAAUUGGAGGUGUAAGUUCAUAUGAUCAGAUGCUUCUCCAUUAAA